AUGCUGCCCUCCUGGGUACCGGGUGCUGCUGUCGGAAUGCUCUCCUUGUACCUCAUACAGAAAAUCCUCUUCCCUUACUUCUGGGCUGACCUGGGGUACCUGCUGAAAGUACUGAUAUAUGGGCUGAGAGUGGAGAUGUACCGGCAGCAAGGGAGGAUUGUCACAGUCCUGGACAAGUUUGUGAAGCUGGCUGAGAAGCAGCCCCACAAGCCUUUCCUCAUCUACGAAGGGAAGGUGCACACCUACCGGGAUGUGGACAGGAGGAGUAACAGAGUGGCGCAGGUCUUCCUUCACCAUGGAGCUCUGAAGAAGGGCGACACAGUGGCCAUGCUGAUGGACAACGAGCCAGACUUCAUCCACGUGUGGUUCGGGCUGGCCAAGCUGGGCUGUGUGGUGGCUUUCCUCAACUUCAAUAUUCGCUCCAGGUCUCUCCUGCACUGUGUCAGUAGCUGUGAGCCCAAGAUACUGGUUGUGGGAGCAGAUUUGCUUGGGACACUGGAAGAAAUUCUUCCUAAUCUCCAAAAAGAUGUCAGUGUUUGGAUAAUGACCAAAGACUCCACUUCUCCAAGUGUGCAUACCCUUUUAGACAAAAUAGAGGCUGCACCUGAAGACCCUGUUCCAGUUAAUCGACACUCUACCAACAACCUCAAUUCGUCUGUUUUAUAUAUAUUUACUUCCGGAACAACAGGUCUUCCAAAGGCUGCAGUCAUCAGUCACAUGCAGGUUCUUAGAGGAGCUGCUGGACUCGGGGCUUUUGGUGCUACUGCAGAAGACAUAAUUUACAUUACUCUGCCUCUUUAUCACAGUGCAGCAUCUCUUCUUGGCAUCGGUGGAUGCAUUGAAUUGG